AUGGAAGCCGCAGCAAGCACUGUCACGGAGUUGGUGGACUUUCUCGUGCGAGCGAAAUGUACUACGCUCCAUGCGUGCGAGUUAAAGCUCUUUGGUGCCGCGGCCGAGCGAGUGGCCAUCGCGCUGGCUUCGAACACAAGUGUCCGAACUCUUCGGUUGAACGAGUGCGAUGUCGACAACAAGGUCGGUUCUCUCCUUGCCGAGGCUCUGGAGGAGAACCGUUGCCUCCGGGUCCUUUCCCUCUGUCGCAAUCGCAUCGGCCCUGCCGGCGCCGCGAAGUUGGCGGAGGUGCUGAAGACGAACAAUAGCCUCACCAAGCUGGAUCUCAGCAAGAACCCGCUUGGAGAUGAGGGUGCCGAGAAUUUGGCCGCUGGUCUUUGCCAGUCCCGGGCGCUCUCGAGCCUGGACCUUCAGGUGACCCAGAUCGGAGAUGCAGGUGCCGUCGCUCUGGCUGCCUCGCUGCAAGAGGCGAGAUUGAGGGAGCUGCACCUGCGAGACAACUUGAUCGGGGACAAAGGUGCGCAAAGUCUCGCCGAUGCCUUGCAUUGCUCGACCCUGGCGCUCCUGGACCUCAGCUUCAACCGGCACAUCGGAGCCCUGGGCGUGCAGAAACUUACCGAGGCCGUGGAGCAGUCGGACACCAUCACCGUGCUCGCGGUUCACGGCUUCCGCCGCAGCCGCCAAGAAAUCACAAGGUUAGAGGCCGCCCUGGACAAAAACAAGCGGACGCAGGUGUUAACACUGCACUGUAUCCCGGAUGGGGAGCUCUGUAAAGCUUCCUGCACUCAAAUGUCCGGGGCAGAGCUUCUUGAGCUCUCCCUGGCCCCUGAAACGCCACUUUGGCAGGUCUUUGCCUCUGUCGCCGAAGCCAUGACGCAGCCGGCGGACAGUCUCCGGCUCAUCACGUCGGCGGGGCAGGAGAUCUUGAGCAAUUCGCAAGAGUCGUUGGAGAGCAUUUCGUGUCCGAUCCGUGCCUAG